UUACAGGAUGCUGAACAUUCAUUCAUCUGCUAUUCCGUAAUGGGCAAUAGUUACACUCACUUGGCUACUCAGGAUCCAUCCGAAUUACUCCCAUCUUCAGCAACAACCGGAACGGACAUAUCAAAACUACAGAAAUGGGCCAGACGAUUCUCUUCCACAGAUCAUACAUCAUAUGUCAAAAUAUCCAGAAGUACAUCACAGUUCAGGGAAAUCCAUCCUAUCAUACGCGCUCCUGUCCAUAGCGAUGCUAUUGGAGCACUGGCACCAGUAAGGCCUGGUAUAGUACUUAGUGGAGGCCGUGAUAAGCUGAUAGCGCUGAACAAUACAGACACAGGAAAAUGUGUUCUACGAUGGUACGGUCACGAGAAAGAAGUCACCAAGAUUGCAUAUCGAAAUACAUUUGCAAAGCAUUUUAUUCUCAGUGGAUCACGAGAUUCCCAAAUCAGGCUAUGGCAAUUCGACAGCCCGAGUACUCUACGCAUUUUUUCAGGACAUCAGAUGAGCAUCGGUGGAUUGGCCAUACUUGAUGAAACGAGAUUUGUCUCGGGAGCACGAGACGCUACCUUGCGGCUAUGGGAUCUCGAAAUGGGUACGUGCUUGCGCGCUGCUCGACAUUCCAGGAAUUUGGUAACUCAUAUAUCACACUGUAACGCAAAUAAUCUACUUGCCCAAUCUUCGGAAGACAAACAACUGAAGAUCUGGGAUGGUCGCAAUCUGUGCCUUGCGUUUCAGUUCCCAAAGAAAAACCAUAUGCUUACACAUUGCGAUUUUUUACCGGAUGGUAAUUACUGCAUUACAUCAAGUAAUGGUUCUAACGGCGAUGGAUGCGAAAUUACGCUGUGGGAUAUCCGACAGAAGAGAAUGAUUCUCGAAUAUCAUGGACAUGAAGAAUCGGUGAGCUGUACCAUUUUUCUCCCUCAGCAGGUAACCUCGAAACGCAUACUGCUGAGUGUUUCCGCUGAUCAUACUGCAAAAUUAUGGAAUGUUGAUGAUGGAAGUUGUCUGUGGAGUGAGCUCAUACCAACAGCAUCUGAUCUAUUAGCAUGUGUAGGCUUCAGGGAUGGAAAUAUCAUUGUAAGCGGAUUGAAUGCUACUUUCUGUCAUUUGCGGAUUCUCACUCGUGCUGCUCGUCCCUAUCUUGAAUGUGUUUCUGCGCAAUCCCGUACACGAUGUUCAGUAAGCUCUGAAUUUUCCACAUUUACUGGUUGCCCUUAAUUUUCUGUAUUUUAUUUUAUCACAUUCCACUAAUUAUUAUGAUAUAAAAUAACACUUCAGUCUGCGGUCUUCAUUUCUGAUAAUGUACGGUUAAUAAUAAACGAUCGCCAG